AGUUAGUGUGCGAUAGCAUUCAUAACCACGGGAGUUGUCGGCGAGAGAAUAAGCACAAUUGCCGACAGUUACCGCGCGCGAUAUAACUCAUCAUGGAUUUUACUAAAUUUUUUUCUAAAAUUGCCAAUAAACGGAAGUCCAACUUAAUUAGGCGAUUGAAUGAUCUCUACAUAUCGCAAUCAAACUGUAUAACUUUUGCUGCUGGUAUGCCAAACGCCGCUACGUAUCCUGUCAAAGAUAUUUCUGUGGCAUACAAGUACGACAAUUUAAUAAGAUUUAGCAGGAAUGAAUUGACUACAGCGUUGCAAUAUGGAUCUACACAAGGUUAUAAGCCGUUAUUGGAAAAAUGGAAGGAAUUCCAGAAAACAUGGCAUACACCAAUGCAAAACAAUUGGGAUAUUGCAGUCACGCACGGUUCCCUGGAUGGUUGCAAUAAAGUCUUUGAAAUGAUAAUCGACAAAAAUGAUCCAAUUUUAGUCCAAACGCCAACAUAUACCGGAGUAAUCGGAGCGCUAAUACCAUUAUCAGCAGAUAUUAUACAGAUUAAUCAAGAUGCCGAUGGUAUUAUUCCCGAAGAGAUCGCCAAAGAAUGCGAGCAAAGACUUUCAACUGGUAGACCGAUGCCAAAAUUACUUUACGUUAAUCCGACGGGAGCGAAUCCUACAGGCGCCGUCUUGUCGGAGACCCGACGAAGAAAAGUGUAUGAAUUGGCGCAGAAAUACAACUUUCUGAUCGUCGAGGACGAUCCUUACUACUUCGUUCACUUCCUAGAUAAACAGCCCACAUCGUUUUUCUCCCUCGACACUGACGGUCGUGUAAUCAGAUUGGAUUCGUUCAGCAAGAUAAUGAGCGCUGGGAUUCGCGUUGGGACCAUCACAGCCCACGAAGAAAUUGUGAAAAAGCUGGUUAUUCAUAUGGAUAAUUCUAUCGUACACGCGUCAUCUUUGUCCCAAAUGCUUCUAUACAAACUCUUCAAAGCUUGGGAACCGCAAGAAUUCGAGAAACAUUUCAAAGAUAUACAAAAGUUCUAUCGGGAGCGACGUGACAUAAUGCUAGCCAUGGUUGAAAAACAUUUAACUGGUUUGGCAGAGUGGUACGUGCCGCAAGGUGGAUUCUUUCUUUGGGUAAAGCUAGCAGGUGUAGAUAAUGUACUGGAUUUGGUGAUGAACAAAUGCGUACCUCAAGGUGUCGUCGUUGUUCCUGGAAAUGCCUUUAGCUGCGACGAUCUUUCAAAACCCAAUCAACAUUUGAGGUUUAGCUUUAGCUAUGCCUCGCCAGAAGAUAUGGACAAGGGAUUCUCUAUAGUGGCCAAAAUAAUACGCGAAGAAGUAGCAAAGAAAAAUAACGGCGUUUCGAUAUGAAAAGUAUUAUUAUCAGACGUAUUGUAUAUUCAAAGCUGUCAAUAAAAUAUUGGAAAAUACAUCUUUGAUUGAGGAAAUGAAGACAGAGAUAAUCGUAUUAAGUAUCUCGCAAAUAUCUUCACUUUUAAAUUUUGCAUAUAUUUGUAUUAUUAAUACCAUGAGUAUUUAUGCACUUUUGAAACGUCGAAUGCCAUCUACACAGAGAGAAGUUAUAAUCGGUAACUUACUAACAAACCUUUUUGAGCACGGUUUAAUAUCUAGCUUUGUUCAUAUACAAAUAGCUCAUGUGCAAGGAUACUUUAUUAAUUAAUAAUAACAUUUAUUUUAUCAAAAUAAAGUGAGAUAAAUCAAAUUUCCAUUAUAGAAAUGUUCAGUGUUUUAUAUCGUAAAUGCACGAAUGUACAUUUUUAUGAAACAAUGAAAUAUAAUUAUAACUUGUAAAAUUUAAUUACAUAUAAGUCAAAUAUUCAAGUAUUUAUUCAAGUAUACAAACCAAAUUAUUCAAAGCUGUCGGUAACGUCAACAUUCUCCGAGUAAUUUUAGCCAGAACUAGAGGACUUUAACCCUCAGAACUUGUAAUAUUGAUCUGGUGGUACCACCAUUAAUGUACCAUCUAUAAAUACGUCUUAUUAUUUCAAUAAAUAAUUAAUUUGUACAAAAAAUA